AUGGUGCAGCGGAUCGUAGUAGAACAGUUCGUGGCAAUGCGAUACACACAAUCUGAACCCGUGAGGGAUUUGAUCAUAUGGAGGCACAAGACCAGCCAUCGGAAACCUAGCAGCAGCGUCGAGGAAGCCUCGGCCUCGGGGCUCUUCCACGGCAAGCGCAAGCGCCACCGCGGCGGCCUCCGGCGGCGGCAGGGUGCACCGGUGCUCGGUGUGCCUGAAGACGUUUCCAUUGGGGCAAGCGCUGGGGGGCACAAGAGGUGCCACAACGACGGGAACGUCGGCAACGGCACUACCCCGGCGGCGAUGACGUCGUCGGAGGGGGCGAGCUCGAGGCACAGGGCGUUCUAUCUGAUCGCGCCAGCGUCGCCGAACCCGGAGUUCGACGACGUAAACGGGGUGCAGAGCCUGUCAACCUUCAAGAAACCGAGACCUGUCAUCCCGGCAUGA